CUAUAAUCGCAGCUUUUUCCAAAAUAACAACAAAUUCCAUAAUUAGUUUUUGCGUUGCACUUUGCUAAUUUUCGAGCCAAAGUGCAUUACUCAUCACCAUCAGCAUCAACAACGCCGACAUCUCUAACAAACCCCAGCAUUUUUGCAAUUCCACAAUCCACUUGCAUAUAUAAAGUCGAACAACAAAGCCGAUAUUUGUAGUAUGCAUAUUUCAAACUAGCCCACAUCUUACUUCCUGCAUGCAUAGCAUGUUUGCCGGUCCAUUUCACUAACAGCGCGCCUAAUCUCUUGCAAAAGUGGCUUGAAACAAAACAAAACAAAAAUAUAAUUUGGUAAACAAACACCAAAAUAUCAGUCAGUCAGUCAGUGACCUAUGAUGGCUUUAUGUGAGGCCAAUCUUGGCAGGCUACAAACAACAUUCAUAACAAUAUUUUAUGACGUCUUAAAGAGAUGAAGCAGCAUCGUACAUGACUGCGGCAAAUGCAUGACUUAAUAACAACAAUAAUCAACGAAAAAAAGGAAAAUUCCAAAAAGUUGCCUGUCUAGAGAACAGAAUGGGAAAUGAAUAAAAUAAAUUUUUCCUGACAAAGCCUGGCUGGUUCUGUAGACUUCACUCUGGUGCUAACAUUUUAUCAAAUCUCUUGUCGUUUGUAGUGACUACCAUUCGAUGGACAUUAACCGGACAGUAAUUAUUAAUUCGCCGACAAAUGAAUUUAAAACGCUUUUUGAUUUAUGAUAUGAAAUUAUUUAACAUCAUUUGUGGUACAGGGCUGAUGGUAACCAUUUAAAUAUCGAUACCUAUUCAGUUUACUAUCAAAACAAUUAUUCUGAAGCGUUCCUUGCAGACUUAAAAAUGAUUACCUCCCCGGCACUAAACUUUCAAGUAUAAUGAACUACUAUGGCCGACAAUGCCAUGGAUAUCAUUUCUUGAUAUGUCACCUGAAAAUUCAAUUCGUGAUAAUGCUCUUCUCUUCGAUGAAGCGUUACUAGUUUUAGGUUACUGUUCUAUGAAACCAACAGGAAUCUUUGCUACAUUUAUUCAAGCAGGACUAACAGCAGACAGAAAAAUCCCAAUCCGCCACAAAAAAGAAAAAAACAAACAACACUACACAAAAACUUCCCGCAAAGUCAAAAAUACAAGAAUGUCCACAACAACUGAUUACAUACGAUGCUUCUCGCUCCAAUCUCCAAUGGCGAACGAAAUGCGAUUCGAAGACUCUUGAUCAAAAUCCAGAAACAAGAUCAUCAUGGAGGGAGCGGCGGUCAAGCGAAUAUUUUUCGCAUAUAAAUUAUAAAAGAUUAAUUGUUAUUAGACUUUAAUUGAGAGAUAAUUUGCGCGGAUCGUGUUAUGCCCACGAUCAUGUUCUUAGUCAUAAAUAAAUUACAUUCAAGAAUAUGAGACAUUCAUAUAACAAACCAUUCGGUUCACCAAUUUUAUUUAUCAUUUGGGUCUCUGUGUGACUAGACUUGAAAUAAAUUAAAAAUAACAGUCAAUAUAAGGGAGAAAAAAUGAAGAAUUAUUGAAGCGAGCUUGUACAUAUAAAAAAUUAUCAAUUCGUGAAUGAUCUACAUUAAAUGGCUCAUCUCAUGUAAUAAAAAAACCAAAGAGCGUUCAAGGAGGAAAAAUACGAUUGGUCAUAUCAAAAUUAUCAACUAAUGAGCGGUAUUAAUAAUAAUUGUUAUUAUUGUAAUUAUCAAUAUUAACCACUGCCAACCGUGUGAAAGGUCGUCUUCAUAUUCCUAUCACAUAUUUCGUUGAAACUAAUUUUUAUUAUUUCUCAGCCACGUCUCGAUCAGCAGUCCCGUCGCAAAGGAGAUAAUUGUAAUUCUAGACGCGAUCAAAUUAGUAAUAAAAAUUUCAAACAUAAACGUUCAUAUAUGAAUGCAUUAUUAAUGUCCACUAUUUAUUUCUUAUUUUGUCUCCAAAGUGAUUUUACUUUUUUACCUUGAGUUAUGAGACGAUUUGAAAAGCCUUUAAAGGGGUACUUAUGUAUAAAUGAGUUGAAGAGUUUAUUGUUGACUUUAAGGUGGCCGAUACUUGGAGAUAGUCGCAUAAAAUUAAAACAGUUGAGUUAAAUCUGCCAAUGUUUCGGAUUUCACAUGUAAAUCGUUCACUGUGUAAAUAAGUUGAUAGAGAAUAUUAGCAUCUUGUACAUCAGACCCUACCUGAAUGAAGAAAUAAAAAGUGGCUUUUUCGAAAAAAUUUGAAUAAACAACUAGAAAAUGGAUCCCCUUAAAACCUAUUUCAUACAUUACUUUCAUAUUUUACGAGUGCAUCGUCUCUACUACAAAUGAAAGGUAUUUGAUCGUAAAAAUUGAUCGGGAUAAUAAUAAAAAAUCACGACUCUUUGAUUCUGUCUAAUGACAUUUUAUUGGCUUGAAUAUUUUAUUUAAAAAGAGGAUUUUAUAAUCUUUUUAUUGAUCAGAACAUUCUUUGACUGACCCAAAUGAUCCAUUACGGAACAGUGUUCAAUAUUUGCUUAUAAUAAUUUCUGGGUAAUUGAAUUUUUCAUGUUCACAGGGUUCGACAGGUUAUAUAAGGUUGCCAGACAAUUCAAAGCUUUUAGAAAAUUUCAAAAACAAUUCCCUCAAGACAAUAAAAACAAAAUCGAAUUCAUUUAUAUUUAUUACCUAUCGGUUGCCAGCUAAUAUGGGUGCAGAUUCAUUCUGGAUAGAACGAGAUACGCUGGAUAAAGGAAUAUUUUUCGGAAAAGUAAUAAAAAAUUUGUAUAUUCAAAGUCAUAAAAAAAACAAUGUUGACGAGAUUCUCCAAUAAUGUUAUUAUUACUGGAAUUUUGACUGUUAGUGUGUUACUGGGAGAACCUGAAUUUCAUGUAAUCUUAAGCUUUCUAUUUUCUGAGCUUUAAUUUUUAUGACUUCUUUUGGUUUGACAGGGGUGUUAAAAAUCACUUAUAUCCAUAAUUCUCAACAAACAGGUAAUGUGUGGAGUAUCCAGCCAUUUUAUGGAUUUUAUUAUAGGUAUUAUCAAUUUUUUAUUGCGAUAUAUAUAGUUUUUAUGACAAACGAGCGUGUGGGAUCCCGAAUUUACUAAGUGUAUUUUUAUGAAUUUAAUGGUAAUACUUGUAAUAAAAAUACAGUUAAAAUGCAAAAGCUGCUUUCUAUUUUAUUUUCGAUAGAUAGUUUCUUAUGUUUAAUUAAAUAAACUUAUGGAAAUUUGUCCGGUAAAAAUGUGAUUGUAUUUCCAAUUUAGGUAGUUAAAUAGGACAAAUAAAGUUGACAUAUAGUAUGUUGAAUAUGCCCACCCAAAAGAUUGGAAUUGUUCAGUUACACACCUCUUAUAGUGUCUAAUUAUCGAGGGGAAAAGUUCGUCGGGAACCUAAUUCUAGCUGCUUGGAUACACAAGCAAGGUUUGAAAAUUGUUAGCAAUGUUUUUGUUACCCUUAUUUCAGCCAUAUGAA